AUGUCGCAAAAUUAUGUCUCCACGGACCAGCAAAAUUACGUCCCCACGGACCAGCAAAAUUGCGUCCCCACGGACCUGGAAAAUUACGUCCCCACAGACCAGCAAAAUUACGUUCCCACGGACCUGCAAAAUUACGUCCCCACGGACCUGCAAAAUUACGUCCCCACGGAUCUGCAAAACUACGUCCCCACGGACCAGCAAAAUUACGUCCCCACGGACCAACAAAAUUACGUCCCCACGAACCUGCAAAAUUACGUCCCCACGGACCAGCAAAAUUACGUCCCCACGGACCAACAAAAUUACGUCCCCACGAACCUGCAAAAUUACGUCCCCACGGACCUGCAAAACUACGUCCCCACGGACCAGCAAAAUUACGUCCCCACGGACCAACAAAAUUACGUCCCCACGAACCUGCAAAAUUACGUCCCCACGGACCAGCAAAAUUACGUCUCCACGGACCAGCAAAACUACGUCCCCACGGACCAGCAAAAUUACGUCCCCACGGACCAGCAAAACUACGUCCCCAUGGACCAGUAUAAUUACGUCCCCACGGACCAGCAAAAUUACGUCCCCACGGACCAGCAAAAUUACGUCCCCACGAACCUGCAAAAUUACGUCCCCACGGACCAGCAAAAUUACGUCUCCACGGACCAGCAAAAUUAUGUCCCCACGGACCAGCAAAAUUGUGCUUACCCACGAACAUUGAUUCCACAGUAUAUCGAAACGACAUAUGGAUGA